AUAAAUAAUUUCCUCAGUCAAAGCGGUACUCUACGCGGCGCAACAUCUAAGUUACGUGAAGCAAAGCUAAGAAAAGUGUAGAGAAAUAUUAUUAACUUUAUUUUGCAUAGAAUUAGUAAGAGAACAAAAAUGUCUGGUCUACCAAAAACUUACGUUCAAGGUUUUCACGAUGCAGAGUUGUGCAAGCGUAUGGAGUAUCGUAAGCUCGGUCGCACCGGUUUGCAAGUAUCCAAGGUGUCGCUAGGGACGGCGACAUUAAGUGAUUUAUAUGGAGAUUUGGAUUUGAAUGAGGCUAUAGAAAUGGUACACAAGGCCGUAAGAUCUGGUAUUAAUUACAUCGAUACAGCGCCAUAUUAUGGACAAGGACGUGCCGAAGAAGUGCUGGGUAUGGCAUUGAAGAGUGUGCCGAGAGAGGCCUUUUAUAUAUCAACAAAAGUAGCACGUUAUGAGAAAGACUUGGUUAAGCGAUUUGAUUACUCAGCGAAACGUACGAGAGAAAGUGUUGAGAAGAGUUUGAAACUACUGGGACUCGAUUAUGUAGAUGUAAUACAGAUUCAUGAUGUCGACAUGGCCAAUGAUCUGGAUGUGGUCAUCAAUGAAUGUCUGCCCGAAUUGGAAAGAAUUGUUAAAGAAGGCAAGGCGAGAUUUAUCGGCAUAACAGCGUAUACGCUGGAAGUGCUCAAGCAAUGCAUACAGCGUGCACCCAAUCGGAUUGAUGUUAUACUCUCUUACUCUCGUCAUACUCUGCUUGACGAUACGUUGAAAUCGUAUGUGAGCUUUUUCAAAGAGCACAAUAUUGGCAUUGUUUGUGCUUCUGCUCAUGCCUUGGGGUUGCUUACCAACUCUGGUCCACAAGCUUGGCAUUUUGCAAGCGAAGAAAUAAAAGCUGUGUGCCGUCAAGCGGCAAAUAUUUGCAAGGCGGCCAAUAUUGAGCUUGGCAAACUGGCAAUGUACCAAUUUAUGCAAUUAGAUGGGGCAAGUACGUUCCUGGUGGGCAUGGAGACGCGCAAAUUAUUGGAUAUAAAUUUGGCUGCAUACUACAAUGGACUUGAUGAGAAGGAGUCCAAGAUCUUGGAACAGUUGCGUAAAACACUAUUUACAAAGACGCUCAAUUGGGAUGGUGUUGAACAGGCUGAAUACAAGAAGGCUGUGGCGGAGGCGAGCAAAUGAUAGAACUCCCUACUCAUGUGUAUGUGUAUGUGUAGCAAUUAAAUUCAGUGAAUUCAUAAAAAGUGUACAAAAAAAAUUUUAAAUAACGGCAAAUAUAAAAGUAAUAUUAA